UGUUACAUCUGUCCAAAUGAAAAAAUGAGGUUCUCACUAUUAUUUUCGUUUGUAAUUGUAGUUGGAUUAUGCAGUUAUAAGUUUUCUGAGGCUAGAGAGCCAGUAUGUUCUAAAUUUGCAUAUGAAGAACAACUUUUAGAGAAAAUGAUAAGAACUGAAAUUAAGGUUGAAACAAUGGUAAAUGAAUUUAAGAAAACUGAGGAUAAUGUCAUCAGUACAUUAGGCGACAUUAAACAAACAGUUGCUGACUUUACGGACAUGUUUGCAGAUAUGAGAGGAAACAUAACGGAUGAGAUGUUAAAGAGAGGUGAUGAGAUAAAAAGGAGAGAAGAAUCGUUCAAAACAUCAUUUGAGGAAACAAGAAAAAACCUGACAAGUGACAUCGAGGCUGAAAAAGAGAAACUUUUUCAACUCCAAGGAAAACUUGAACAACCUCCGAUCGCUUUUUAUGCACAUCACUUGAAAGACCUGGUUCUUGAUUCUACAAAUGAGAUUCUUAUAUUCGAGAAGACAUUCACUAAUGAGGGAACAGGUUACGACACGUCAACGGGAUUGUUCACGGCACCUGUUAGAGGACUGUACCAGUUUGAUGUUCAUACAUGUACUUUAAAUGAUAAAUAUGCAAAUCCUGGCCUGGUGUUGGAAGGUAACAUUAUCGCAGCACAUGCACACUACGGUGAUGCAAUUCAUAGCUGUGGUUCAUUUGGAGCAAUAAUAAGAGUUAGAUCAGGAGAAAAGGUUUGGGUCAAAUCAACAUCAUCAGGUUCUAACCGCCAGCUAUAUCAAGGCUAUCAUUGGAUGAACACAUUCAGUGGAGUACUUGUCAGUUACUGAAUUAUAAAUUAAUCAAUAAACAUUGAUGGCAGUAAAAUCUGGUUUCAGUGUUUAACGUAAACGUUUUGAUUUAAACUGCUUUAAUUAAUUUUGAGACUCUUUAUAACAGUAGUGUUUUGUAAAAUAAGUCGAAAAUUGUCGAUUUAUCUAUGCUGUGUCUAUAUAUGCUGUGACGAAAAUUAUUAAUGCAAUGUUUUAGUUUGCAUAAUGUUAAUAUUAGUUUUUAUUACCCUUCCAGAUUUUUUCCGCCUUUUUGAUUGGAUAUUGAUCACCCGAAAGAAAUUGAUAAUUACCAAACCAGACGGGUAAUAUACACACUAACUUUUCCCGUUGGGUACCCCGCGUUGGAAAUAAGAUGGGCUGUGGCGAUGCGCGUACGGUUUGGUUUUAUGUGAUGUAAAUUCCGAUUUACAAGCACUUUUUAACUGUCAAAUGAUAAAUAUUUACCAAAAUAGAGUAAUGAUACGUAUUCUCAUUAGAAUUGAAAACAAAUAUGACCUUGUGAAAGCUUGAUAUUUGUUCCAAAAAAGUGCGUUCAACAGACGGUUUACAUUCCUUAGGUUUGAAAGAAAAUACGUCAUGUAUUUAUGUGACGUCAUAUUGUGGUGAAGGGGUACCCCAAAGGGAAUCUUAUUUCGACGUUUCAUUUGAAGUAGCAAUGAUUUAUUUUAAAAUCGUCUUAACUCGGCAGAGGAAGGGUAAUAAAAUUAUUAUUUUGGUUUUGGAGUGAUAUAUGUGGAUAUAUUACCUGCCAAGGAUAUAAAAUCCUGACAGGUAAUAUAUCCACAUAUAGCACUCCAAAACCAAAAUAACAUAUAAUGUUAGUAUCUUAUUAUGUUCAUAUAGGUUUUGUUUGUAUCUAUUUAGCAAUUGACGUUUCUAUGUUUAUGAAACAAUAAAUUUACACCAGUAUGUCACAUUUGAAACGCUUUACAUUAUAGUUAUAACCGCUAUGAAUGCAAAGUGUAAUUAAGAAAACCUACAUUUUAUUUUACGAAAGGACCACCCAAGGAAAUGCAGUUUCCUAUAUUUAGUUAGUGUAAUCACUUAUUAAAAUUAUUCAAUAAAAAUGAUCUAGAUUUAAAUGAUUU